AUGCUCGCCCGGGUCCCGGUGGGGCGGGAACCUGGAGGCCGAGACCCUCCCCCACUUCUCAGCAGCGGGGGGAAGGUUGGGUCCACAGAGGCGCAGUCCGGCGCGGACUCGGCGCGCCACAGGCCGCCCCCGGGCUCCCGAAAGCCGGGGAGCCGCAGGGAAGGGGGAGGCGGCGGCGGCGAGCGCAGGGAGGCGCCGGAGGAGGCCGCCCGGCCGGCAGGAGGCGGAGGAGGAGGGCUAGGGGCGACCGGCGCCGGGUGCGUCCCCAGCCUCAAGACGCGGCGACCACGAACGGCGGCCCGGAGCCCUCCAGGCCUCGGGCGGGCUGCGGCGCUGGGCAGCCAGGCGGAGCUCGCUGAGCCACGAUCGCGUCGCGUCGCGCUCUCGCUCCAGCCGCCGCCAGCCACGCCAGCCGCGCAGCCCCGUUCCGUCCCGGGCAGCGCUCUCCGGCGCUGCUCGCCGCCGUGGAAACAAUGGAGGGCGGCAGAGCGCAGGCGCCGCCCGCGCCCCCUCCCUCGCCUGCCCCCGCCCCCUCCCCCCCGCCGGGUUAACCCCUUCGCGGUCCCUGCGGCGCCCCGGCUACUGACGCCUAGAGGUUCUCACCCACCUCCCAGCCCAGGCCUGCUGGAAGUUAUGUUGCUUCCCUACCACAGCAGAAGGAAGAGAGAAGUUCCUUCAACCAGCAGCCUCUCCAAAGGAUUUAUUUAUAAGGGGAUGCUGUCCAUUGAUUUAGGAUAUAAAACUACACCCACCAAGUGUUUUGUGUUUUGUUUCUGAAUAAACCCACUUUACUGGUUAAAUAACGAA